AUGCCGCAUAAUGACCCACUCCUCGUUGAUAUUGGGAUUGGCGAAUGCCAGGUCACAAAGGUCCUCGUUGACACUGGCAGCUUGGUCAACCUUAUCUUUAGGGAUACGCUCGACAAGAUGGGAAUCGACUUACGCGGCAUGAAGCCCUCUUCACGCACUCUUACCGGGUUCAACGGUUCCUCGGAAAAAAUGAUUGGGACAAUACGUCUCCCGGUUUACGCAGGGGACACGAUCCGUGGAGACCAACGGGCUGCGAGAGAGCUGCUUAUCGCCGCAGUCAAGUUACAACAGUCAGUUUCUCUCAUCAACUCAGUCGCCAAACCAAUUCAUAAGAAGUAUCCCCAGAAAGAAGAAAACCGGGAAGUUCACAUUGAUGAAGCCGACCCGACGAAAGUCAUACGCAUUGGAGCCUUCCUCUUCGACGAGAUGCAAUCACAGGUCAUCUCCUUCCUCAAAGCAAACGCUUCGACUUUCGCAUGGACAACUUCAGAUAUGAAGGGAAUAGACCCCGCCGUAGCGUCCCACGAGUUGAACGUUGACCCUACGUUCAAACCUAUUCGGCAGAAAAGACGGAAGCUCGGACCUGAGCGGUCUAAAGCUGUGAAUGAAGAAGUCGACAGAUUGCUUGAUGCAGGAUUCAUCGCCGAGGUCCGGUAUCCAGAAUGGUUGGCCAAUCCAGUUGUAAUGAAGAAGAAAAAUGGGAAGUGGCGCAUCUGUGUCGACUUCACUGAUCUAAACAAAGCUUGUCCCAAAGACAGCUACCCCUCCCUCACAUCGAUCGUUUGGUAG